CGUCAGGCCACAUCAGCAUUUGUGCCCAACCUACUUCAGUCUGGUUUGCGCUUGCGCAGUAAUAGGCAGACGUCCGCUGCUAAGAGAUCGGGCAGAGAGGGAUGAGAAUAUCGAAGGAUGCAACGUUAUGGCUGGGGGUUAUCCCAAAUUGUUCAGGGUCCUCUUUUACAGUAUUCCUCCAGCUCUGAGAGGACAGCUGAGAGACAAUGACAGCCAACACUGGAGAGCCGUAUAAAAGACAUUCAAAUGAAAGCCCUGUCGACAGGAAUAUUAACGUAAACGCAAUUCAAUCAGACAAGUUUUUAUCUCUUCUUUUGAGCAUGGUUCCUGUUGUGUGCCAGACGGGUCAAGAAGAGAGACUGAAGAAGGUCAAUGGAUUGACACCCAUUGGUUAUGGUUUUAACAUUCGAACUGACCAGCACUUGGAAUUCCAUAAUUUGUCAGAACCAAAUUAUCUUGGAAAUGGCCUCCAUUGUUCAAGCCUUUGCAGUACAAAUUAUGACUUUGAUGGUUAUGAUUACUGUGAUGGAAUCAAUGCAUCUGAAACUGAUGCUAUGCUGCAGGACAGCAGGUCAUCUGCUGAUGGAGAUAAAGAUGCCCUUGUCGAGGGGAGCAAAAAACAGACUAAAGAAUCUAGCAUUGCCAUGGCGUUGCAAAUACUUGUGCCAUUUUUACUGGCUGGGUUUGGAACUGUGUCAGCUGGCAUGGUUUUGGACAUUGUCCAGCACUGGGAUGUAUUCAAAAAUCUUACAGAAGUCUUUAUCCUGGUUCCUGCGCUACUUGGUCUUAAGGGGAACUUAGAAAUGACAUUGGCAUCCAGGCUUUCAACUGCAGUUAAUGUUGGAAAGAUGGACUCGCCUAUAGAGAAGUGGAACCUAAUCAUUGGCAACUUAGCUUUAAAGCAGGUACAAGCAACUGUGGUUGGCUUUCUGGCAGCCGUGUUUGCUGUUAUAUUGGGCUGGAUCCCAGAUGGUAAAUACCAGUUAGAUCAUGCAAUCCUUCUAUGCUCCAGUAGUGUAGCUACUGCGUUUAUUGCAUCUCUUCUGCAAGGCAUAAUCAUGGUUGGAGUCAUUGUAGGAUCGAAAAAGACUGGAAUAAAUCCAGACAAUGUUGCUACACCUAUAGCAGCCAGCUUUGGGGAUCUGAUCACUCUGGCUAUAUUGGCUUGGAUAAGUCAGGGACUUUACAAUUGCCUUGGUUCCUACGCAUUUGUAUCCCCAUUAGUUGGGGUUUUCUUUUUAGCAAUGACACCAAUAUGGAUUGUUAUAGCAUCUAAACAUCCAGCCACAAGAACUGUUCUUCAUUCCGGCUGGGAGCCGGUCAUUACCGCAAUGCUUAUUAGCAGCAUUGGUGGCCUUAUACUAGACACUACUGUGUCUGAUCCAAAUCUUGUUGGGAUUGUUGUCUAUACUCCAGUGAUAAAUGGCAUUGGUGGUAAUUUGGUGGCCAUUCAGGCAAGCCGAAUAUCUACAUAUUUGCAUUUAUACAGCAUCCCUGGGGAGCUGCCAGAAGAUGCCAAAGGUUGUUACCACCCUUGCAGGACCUUCUGUGGAACAGGAGUUAACAAUAAAUCGGCUCAAGUUCUACUGUCGCUCGUGAUCCCAGGCCAUUUAAUUUUCCUGUACACCAUCUAUUUAAUGAAGAGUGGUCACACAUCCCUGACACCCAUCUUUGUAGCUGUUUAUUUAUUAGCAGCUUUGCUACAGGUAUUUGCUCUGCUAUGGAUCGCAGACUGGAUGGUGCAUCACAUUUGGAGGAAAGGAAAAGAUCCCGACAGUUUCUCCAUUCCUUAUCUUACAGCCCUGGGGGAUCUGUUGGGCACGGCAUUGCUCGCCAUCAGUUUCCAUAUUCUUUGGAUUAUAGGGGACAGAGAUGGAGACGUUGGAGACUGAGACGUGUAGUGCCAAACCAACCUUCUCCUGACUGUGACCAAAUCUGCCAAACCCAAACAAAAUGUCACAUUAAGGAUGAGUGGAGUGCAUCUUCUCGGCACAAGCAAACAUAAGGGUCCAUGGCAAAAAUGUUCUUUUUAGCAGGGGAGAUUGAAUUGAAAUGCACAAAUGGCACACUGCUUGUACAUUUUAUUAAACAUUGGAGAGGACAACAUGAAUUUAGCUGAUUGUCUUUGAAACCACAAUUAAUAUGCACCUUACAUUAAAGGGAAAAGGGUAUAUUUCUGGCUAAAUUAUUACAAUAUGUCAAUAUAUUAUCAUGGGGAAAAAUGGAGGUAUUGAAUUUUUUUUUUUAACUUAAUUUAAUUUUACUUAUGUUAAGACAUUUCUAUGUAUCAUUUCUUCCAUGAGCAGUUCAUUCUUAUUUGCAGAUGUAGCAGCACCUAUGUGAAUGGGAAAGAGGCUGGUUUCAGUUUAUAUUGAGAUGUAGCAGCACCUAUGUGAAUGGGAAAGAGGCUGGUUUCAGUUUGAAGUUGUCUGUAAGUUCCACAAAAGUCUAUUAUUUAACUAAGGGCUCCUUGCUCUAAAUUUGUCCACACAUGAACCAACCAGCAAGUCCACUGCAAUCAAUCAAACAGGCCACAUGUAAAGACUCAGUGAUCAGAUUGAUGCUGGUGGGCACUUGCACUUUGGGCAAAUAACAAUGCUUUGACUUUUUGUAACAUAGGUGACUUGCCAUUAAAGUGUUUCUAGGUUCUGCUUAUCAUGUACUAUAUAUUUGUUUUUUAUUGUGAUGUAAUAAAGGGGUAGUUCAACCUAUAAUUAAAUUUUAGUAGAAUGUGAUCAUCUCAGAUCAUUUGCAAAUGGUCAUUUUAUCUUUAUUUUUAUUUUUUUAAGUCAACUUUUAUCCAGCAGGUCAACUGUUUUCAGUCUUAGUUGUUACCUAGUUGCUAGGGUCCAAUUUACCCUAGCAACGAGAUUGUGUUUUAAAUAGACUGGAAAAUUAAUUUAAGAGUUUCUGUAUAGAAAGUAACAAUAAUAAAACCUUAUAGGGUACAAUGUUUGACUGCAGGGAUCAAUGACCCCCAUCAGCCAGAUAAUGUUUAAAAUUCAAAAGAAGCAGGAAGGGACAUUUUUUUCCAGUCUUUGAACUAAGACAAUUAAAAAUUAUGAAGAAUAGAGCUUUCUAUAACACACUAAAAGUUAACUCAGCGGUGAACUACCCCUUUAAGCAAAUCUGUAAAUGAAAGCUGUCCUGUUUCUGUUCUUUUUUGCAAUUGUUGCUGGGUACGUAAAGGGACAGUAUACACCCCUUUUCAACAUUAACUAAAUGAAUAGAGCUUGUGCUGGACAUACUUUUUGCCUAUUAUCUUAAUUAAUAAAUAUGGUUUUUGCUACAUUUACCAGUAAAUACGAAUAUGAAGCCAACUUCAUUUUAGCACUUCCUUCCUUCUGGUCCCAAAGAACUUCAAAGGAACUGAUACAACUAAUUACCAGUUCACUGAGAUGCCCCUAGUAAUAAGCUGCUGCUUAUAGAAGGAAAACAUUUGAUUGUUUAAGGGCAGGACUCCGCAAAAUGCAUUGUUCAUGCGACGUGACACGACUGUCGGAUGCAGAUGCUGCGUCUGCAUCCGACAGUCGUGUCGCAUGAACAAUGUGACACGAUCCGACAAUAGUAUUACUUACCUUAUUUCCGUCGCAUCCGACGUGACGCCUGCAUUUUUGCACAGCUCGUCUGAACUUGCCGGAAUCGUCUGUGGAGUCCUGCCCUUAAGAUAGAUAAGGAGCUCUGAACAAAUUGUCCUGUUUAUAAAAGUGAACAUAGUCUUAACUUGGCCAUAUACUCGCCAAACGAGCAGAUCUUUCCCUGAUAUGCCCAAAUUCAGGUGGGGAAUAUCAGACUGACCUAAUCGUUUGGCCCUUUGCUCCAACAAUAGUUCACGUCAGGGCUGUAUUUAGGUCCGAUGCUGCCCUAGGCAUCGUACCUAAACAUGUCCCUACGUCGUGCUCGCUGACGACACGCCAGUGCACUGAUGUCACACAUCGUAUGCUUUGUCAUCACGCACUGUUUUCGAUGGAAGUGACGACAUCGUGCCAUGCGCAUGGCAUCACUUUCGCAUUCUUCCUCUGCCCCUCACCCCCUCUGCUCUGUCACCGGAUUUCCUAUGGAAGGGUGUGGAGGGUUUAAUAAAAACAAACAAAACAGGCACCCAAAACCAUGCCGCCAUAGGCACAGGCCCUCGGGAGGCCUAUAUUUAAAUAUGCCCUGGUUCACGUGAGGGUAUAUAGACUUUUGGGGCGCAGACUGCAUAAAUGAAGUGAUAUGCUCCUCUCCCUGACAGGAUUGUCAAACCUGCCUGAUUGACAUCUUGCUGAUUUUUGGCCAGAUAGUGGUCGGGAAGGCCUGUUGGAGCAUGGCCACCUUAACAUUCAAAUUCGUGCUUUAUAAUUGCAAAAAAGUAGAAAAUAAAACAAUAGGCAGAAUGUAAUUUCAACCCAAGUUGUGUGCGCUCAUUUUUAGCAAAGGUGUUUUCAGGUGUAUACUGUCCCUUUAAAAGGAAGGCAACUGUAUGAGUCCCCUAUUGCACAGUAUGUACAGUAAGACCAUUAGUGCUGUGAGACAUGUAGUAUAGAGCAUAAUCCGUUAUGAAUGUAUGAAAAUGAAUGUAUGUCUGAUACUGUAAAGAAUGCAGUUACAGUACUAUCCAUAAGAAUAUUCCUUUCAUUUCUAAGUGGGCAGUUGUCAGUUUAGUGUUCCCAAAACGGUAACCGCAGUAUUCAUAGAGCUUCAUGCACACUGGCAGUUUUAUAUUGCUUGUCUGAGGAACCUGUAUAAAUGUCUGUGCUUGGGCCCGUGGGAAUGAAUAACAAACCCAGACACUGAUGUUCCCGGUAGUAAGGAGCACUCCCUUUUCUGUGCAUUUAGGUGUCUGCUCUCCUCAUUACAGGGGCCAAUUGGGAUGAUAAUAUGCACUGGCCUAGCUCUAGGCUUCAGCUGGAUAUCUGGAACAUUGGUCUAUGGUGAGGCUCAAAUGGAUUUAUUGAAUCCUAUAAAUGGCUCUAGCUGCUUCUACUUCUAAAUAGAGCCUAUAUAAAGUGUUGCACUCCACUUGUGCUACUGUUUCUAUGUUGUGUAAAAAUGGUACUUAACGGCAGCUACUGCACAUGCCCAAAAACCUCAUAAUUCUGGUAGUUUUCUGGUAGUUUUUUUGGAUUUGUCCUCAGUGUCGAGUGUUCUGAUCAUAAGAGGCCAUGACGGAAAAUCGAGAUGCCCUGCUCUAGAAAACACAAUAUAACAGAAGGCCUAACACACAGCCUUUUAAAUUUAGCCUUAAAAUUUGACAAAAGGCCAAACUGCAAUGUUAGAGCCAUAUUGGACCAAGCAAAGCACUGACCUCUGUUUCGAACCACCAAUAAAGACAAUGAAGUUAA